AUGCCUCUGACAACAAAGCCCCAGGCCAGGUCAUCUCCUAUCACCUGUGAUGGACUUCAGAAAAACAACAUGGAUUUCGUCGGCGACUUCGACUUUGCGAAGUUCGGCGUUAAGAAAGAAUCGAUGCAAGGGAUGGACCGCUCCUUUAUCGGGCCAUGCAGCCAGCUCCAGAGACCGGACUCGGUCUCCUCCACCCCCGGCAGCACACCUUGCAACUCGGUACCCUCGUCACCGAACCUCAACCCCAGCGAGCCGAGAAAUAACCCCGGGGGCGACCAGUUCUGGUUACCCAACAACGGGGGUUACCCUCAGCAAAUGUACCCCCAAUCUUUCGGUCUGACACCCGAGGACGCAAUGGAGGCCCUGAUCGGAGCCACGGCACAGCAGGGACACCCAUCUGUGCCCCACGGCCACCACCAGCCACCUUUCCAAGCUGAGUACGAUGGGUACGGCCACAUCAACGAGCCGGUCCAGCAGUACCCGGGACUCCCGGGUCACCCCGACAUGCAAGGCAUCCCCGGCAGUCACUGCGAAGACCCAUAUAUGAAAGAUGACAUGGGGUGCGAUUCCCCUGAUUCGAUGGAUGACGAGUCGGACCUCGGUGCGCACAUCCCGCACAGCCGCUACGACCGGCGGUCCAACGCGGACAGCAACUUCUCCGACGACCAGCUGGUGUCCAUGUCCGUCAGGGAGCUGAACCGGCUCCUCAGGGGCCUGGGCAAGGACGAGGUGAUGCGUCUGAAGCAGAAGCGCCGGACCCUGAAAAACAGAGGUUACGCACAGUCCUGCCGCUACAAGCGCGUCCAGCAGAAACACGUUUUGGAGCACGAAAAGACCAGCCUGGUGGGACAGGUCGAGCAACUGAAACACGAACUGAACAGGCUGAUGCGGGAGAGGGAUGCAUACAAAAGUAAAUGCGAGAAACUGUCCGGUGCGAACUGUUACCACGAAACCGGGUCCACCAGUGACAACCCCUCCUCACCCGAGUAUUUAAUGUGAGUUUGUCCAUCCCGCAGAACUGACCCAUCUCCAUGGCAUUGGAGGCAUUAUGUUGACAGAUCGCCCUGCUCUUUAACAAACAGGCCCAUGGAUUCUUCAAAUUGUAAUUAAUGUUGGACUUAAGGAUAUCUCUCUAAUAAUUGUAAUAGAAACAACUAGACAACAAGUUAUACAUGGAAAAUCACAAUGAAGCAUGCAUGCAGGACAUGUAUGAGAUGUUUUUAUUUUAUACAGGCGUAUCUGUAUUUUGUCUCACAGGAGAUACUUGAAAUCAGAGAAUAUUCCCUUUUUAUUAAUAUACUACUUAAUCCUUUAGUUACUCUUCAAUACUUUGGUGAUUUUCUUUGUUGCUUUGCUUAGUUUUUGUAGCUUCAAUUAUAUUUUGUGUUUAUGCUUCAUUAAAAUAGAAAAAACAUACAGAAGUUAAUUACGCUAGGAUAAUGACUAUUCUUUUUUAUGAAGCUGAUUCUGCUGGACAGAUAUGUUCCUCAUUUGCUUUUCUUUUUAAGAUAAUAUAUGAUUAUGCAAAUUGUUUUCACCCACUAUGUUUUUAAUUUGUUAUGGAUCAAUAAACCUAUCGUGACUUUUUAAAAA